AUGGAUGUACCCACGCUGGUUGACUGUCAGCGUGAGCUUCAAGUCCGCAUCUCACGUUCUGUGGAGUACUUGAAGAAGCUGGGCAGCUCCAAUAUCACCGCCAGUGCUAUCUCCACACGCACCAGAAUUCUGGAUCAGCUGUGGACAAAGUUCGAGGCGCAGCAUGACCUUAUCCGUGCGGCCUUGAAGGAAAGGUUCAGUGAGAGCGAGUACUUUAAAUCAGAGUUGCAUGCUGAUACGGAGAAUCUCUACGUGUCACAAAGAAGCAUACUAGACAGCUACGCUGAACACUAUCGUGCAGCAAACGUACCUCCUUCUGCCGACGCCACGUCAAGGUCAUCACUGCCGCGUAUCAAAGUGCCGCCAUUUUCUGGUGCCUACGCCGAUUGGCCGUCGUUCCGAGAUCUCUUUCUCUCCGUCGUGAGUGGCAAUGCGAUCUCCAACAUCGAGCGCUUUCACCACCUGCGCUCAUGUCUGACGGGGCAAGCUGAAAGGUUAAUAAGGUCAUUGCCUGUCACCAGCGACAAUUACGAUCGCGCUUGGAUGAAGGGAGAUACCGCAGAAGAAUUGAGACGCAUUCACAACGCCGUGACUGCCGCCGUCAAUGGUCAGGAGAGCAUCGGACGUCCAAUCAACACCCACGGAAUGGACCUCUUCAACUUCCUGGUCACCGAGCUGUUUGAUGCACGCACACGUCUUGAGUGGGAGUCGUCCACGUCAGACUCAUCAGAGCCGGCACAAAACGAGGCACUUGUGGACUUCAUCAGCCGUCGGAUCCUGACGCUCAAUGCCGCACGACCGAAGAGCGCCAGCAAACCGCCCGGAGAUGCUCCACGGGUAGCCAAGGCACACGUCACGAAGCACCAAGGAACCGAGUCGCCGCACUGUGCCCUGUGUCGCGAGAAGCACACCUUGAUGACCUGCCGAGAUUUCAAGGCCAAGACUGUCAACGACCGCAAGGCAUUUGUCGAGAGUAACAGGCUCUGUUACAAUUGCUUAGGCAACCAUUUUCUCUCUCGCUGCCAGUCAAAGAAGAACUGUCUGACAUGCGACGCACGACACCACACGAUGUUACACGGAGCACCCACAUCGUCAGCGUCAACUGAAGCCACACGCGCCACCACACUGACCGCUACGCUGCAAAAUCCAGAGUGCAAGGCCGUUCUUCUUGCAACAGCACGAAUAAACGUCGCCGAUCGGUACGGAUCACCACAAGCCGUACGCGCGUUGAUCGACCAAUGUUCUGAGGUGUCGAUCAUUUCGGAGACCUUGGCACAACGUCUUCGCCUUCCUCGAGCCUCAACGGGCCUCUCCAUUUUCGGCAUCGGAGGGACUCGCUCGGGAUCCGCUCGUGGCAAGGUCACGCUGCACGUAACGUCAGACGUGACCAACGCCAAACUCAGCGUGGUGGCCUUUGUGCUGCCCCGCAUAUCGCUGCAGCAAGGCUCGGUUUCGCGGGAAGAACGCAGCUGGCCUCAUCUCAACGGACUCCAACUGGCCGAUCCUCGCUUCUUAGACGACGACCCAGCUGAGCUGCUACUGGGAGCCGAGGUCUAUUCCUUGAUCCUCGAGGAAGGCCUCCGCAAGGGUGAAUCAAGGAUGCCGAUCGCUCAGCAAACCAGCCUGGGAUGGAUCCUCUCUGGCGGCUACGACGCAGCAGCAGUCACGGGACAUCGCCGCACCUUCCGGUGCACCGCCGAUCAUGACCUCGCCGACUUCGUUCGACGCUUCUGGGAGCAGGAGAGCGAGCCGAUAACUCGGGCUUCACUCACUCCCGACGAGACCAAGUGCGAGGAACUCUACGUGCGCACCGUCACGCGCACGCCCACCGGGAGAUACAUGCGGAGCGCCUACUGA